UGUCCCAGUGCUGUCCUGUUUCAGAUGCAGCUGCCAAUGUCAGGUGUCGGGGAAAUUCUGAAAGCUGUUGGUGACUUUGGGCCAUUUCAGAAAUGGCUGGUGGCACUCACCUUGAUUCCGUGCCUCAGUGUGGCUUUCCACCAAUUUUGCCAACUUUUUAUGGUUCCCCAUGUGCCUCAUCACUGUGACACCAGCUGGAUCCAUGCCAUUGCCCCCAACCUGACGGAGGAAGAGCAGCUGAACCUCACCCUGCCCCGGGACGCGGAUGGGGAGUACGAGCAGUGCUCCAUGUACUCGCCAGUGGACUGGGACCUCGAUUCCAUCGUGGCAUAUGGUCUGAAUGCUACAGAGAAGUGCAGCAGCGGUUGGGUGUACCCCUCAGCACAGCCGCCGUCCCUGCUGACUGAGUUUGACCUGGUGUGUGACAGGAAGGACCUGAACGACAUCUCCCAAUCCAUCUACAUGCUGGGGCUGUUCCUAGGAUCCAUGAUCUUUGGGCCACUGAGUGACAGGAUCGGCCGUCGGCCAGUUAUUCUGAUGUCCGUCUUCCUCCAAGGCUUGUUUGGUGUAGGAAUUGCCUUUGUGCCCCAUUUCUACGUGUACAUGGCCUUCAGAUGUGUCGUGGGGGCUUCCGUGUCAGGGAUCACUAUAACAAUACUCUCCUUAGCUACAGAAUGGAUUGGUGUCUCCUCCCGGCCAAAGGCAGUGCUUACUUCUCACUGCUGUUUCGCCAUCGGACAGAUGAUUUUGGCUGGCUUGAGUUAUGGUAUUCGCAAUUGGAGGCUGCUGGAGAUUGCAGGAUCUGCUCCUAUAUUUGCCUUUUUCUUCUUCAUCCGGGUGUUACCAGAAUCAGCUCGCUGGCUGGUGACAAAAGGCAGAAUAGAAGAAGCUAAGAAAGUCCUUCAGAAGGCAGCAUCCGUCAACAAGCGCACCAUUCCACCAGGACUCCUUGAGCAGUUGAAGCCCGAGAAACAGACCAAGUCUGGAAGUGCUCUGGAUCUCUUUCGGAAGAAGCACCUCCGGAAGGUGACUUUAAUCAUGUCAUGUGCUUGGUUUGUGAACAGCUUUGUCUACUAUGGGCUGAGUCUGAAUGUGACAAAUUUUGGUCUGGACAUCUACCUGACGCAGCUUGCAUUUGGAGCAGUGGAAAUCCCAGCCCGUGCCAGUUGUAUCUUCCUUCUGCAGUGGUUUGGGAGGAGGAAAACCCAGAUUGCUCUCCUGCUACUGAGUGGCCUGGUGUGUCUGAUCAUAACUGGCAUCCCUGAAGACCAGCCCGUGGUGACAACCAUCCUGGCUAUCAUCGGCAAGUUUGCAGCCUCGGCCUCCUUCUCCACCUCCUAUAUCUACUCUGCAGAGCUCUUCCCCACAGUUGUGAGGCAGACCGGUGUGGGGCUGUGUUCGAUGCUGGGGCGGGUGGCAGGGAUCAUGGCCCCGCUGAUCCGCCUCCUGGAGCAGUACCACCGGGCCAUCCCCAUGGCCAUCUUCGGGAGCACCCCAGUGGUGGGGGCGCUGCUCUGUAUCCUCCUGCCCGAGACCCGCGGCACUGAACUGGCAGAUGACACGGGGGACAGCCAGCGCCCAGCUGAGGUCUGUGCAAAUGCCAACAGCAGCUCUGAAAAUGAACACGUGAAAGGAAAAGAUGGUGACCAAGACAAAGAGUACUCACAGAGCACGCACUUCUAGCUUGGCCUGCAAGGAGCUGUAACUAAAGGCAACCUAGUGCUGUGCAGACAAUGAGGACAAGCAGGGUCUCCUUUUGCAGGACACCACCAACUCUCAAACAGUCACUACCAGUUCUUGUCUUUCCUUUUCUUUUUUUUGCCUUCCCUUUUCUGUUUUUGCCUUCCUGUAUCUCCCUCUAUAGCUUGUCCUCAGGCACUGCAUGUUUUUUUCUGGUGCUUAAAAGUGCUCUGGAUGAGAAAAUCUGAUGUUUAUAAUUUAAGGAAACAAAGAAAGGUAUCAGAAACCUGGAUGGAUGCAAUAUUUUCUCUAGAUCUUUUCUGUCCUAUCUCCAUGAGUAUGAGACUGUGAACUUUGUCGCAUUGAGACACCUGCUAGAGCAAUGAAUAGACUUGCAAAGGAAUACAGGGCUCACUGAAGAGAAAGCCAGAGCAGACGCAGCACUGAAAAUAAUCUCACACUUGCAAGAGUGAUUUCUCUUGACUGUCUAGCACGGUCUUCUCACUUUUUCUUAGAAACACUCCUUUUAAUAUUUUAUUUUUUUAAGAUUUGAUACACUCAGCUGAGAAAAAAAAAUGUGAUGGAAGAAAAAGCAAGCAGUGAGAAAAGCUGUCUAACAGGCAGUAGAAUUUUUGCUUUAGUUCAGGUGGCUUUGAAUGAAAAUAUGUCAUAAUGUUUUUUGCCCAGAAAAUUGUGCUGUCAGCCUGUGGUACAGGGCCACAUUAAUUUGUCUGUUCCAGGAAGAUUGUAGACAUUGUGGCACUUGGUCUCUCAGAAGAAAGAGCAGACCUUUCUAGGAACAAUCGGGUCUACUCUAGUCUGAUGUAUUCUAUUGCUGUAUCCAUCCCUGUCUUUAAUGGUUUAUGACCACUUUUGUCUUAUGCUAUUAAAAAAAAACCUGUUCUUUUUCUGUGCUUGCCCUCCUCUUGUCUCCUGCCCCUCCGGAUGACUUUCUUCUCCCAGAACUUACACAGUGGUGGUGUUCCACACCUUUGUAAAAGCUGGGUCUCCUCUGGGCUUUUAUGGAAAAUAAGGUGUUGAGGGUAAAGACAGAUGGAAGGGCUUGGAGCAAAAUGCACAGUUAUUGAGCGACUCACAGCUCCUUUUAGAUCUGCUCUGAGAUUCUCUGUUUCAGCUCACUUCAUAAAUAAAGGUG